CUUCUCCGCCAGGAGAUGGGAAAGUUGUGAAAGGUUGUUAGAAACCUAUCUGAAUCUGAAAGGACGAAAUUAACCACCAAAAAAACCCAAUUCGACACCUCUCAGAGAGAGAAGGGGCAUGAAGGCAUAAACCCACCGUGUUUGGUUGUGGAGGUUCGACACAGCAAACCUGAAGUAUAUAGAGUAUCUCCUAUCUUGGGCUUGGUGCUAAUUUCUUUUGGAUAUUAUGUCCAAUCACUCAACAGAGCAUCAACCUAAGAAUCACAACCUCAACAUAACAGAUUUGAUAAUAAAGGAAGAUGGAAGCAGCAUCAUCAUCAUCAUGCUUUUUAUAUGGCAAUGGUAGCAGCAUCUCCACCUUGGCUUUGAAAUCCCCAAGCUGCCUCACACUCCGUUUGUGCCCCCACAAUUCCAAUGCCUCCUCCUCCAUUUCUCUCAUUCUAUCAUCGUCUUCAUCAUUCACAUUCUUAUCUCAACAACACCACAAGUAUUUCAUCUACAAUAGCACCAACACCAAUACCAACAAGACCACCGAGAGAAAUACAAGUAGAAGUAGAAGAAGUAGAAGUGUUGGCACCACCAAAAACAACAAAAACACUUCAAUCACUAGUAAUAGUAGCAGCAGCCUCAACAAGGCCAGUACUAGUUGGAGUACAAGCGCAUCAGCAGCAGCAGAGGAGAAUAAUAUUGAGGCGGCCGUCAAGAAAAAUAGAAGCAGCAGCAGCAGGCCCGUUAAUGUGGGUGCUCUGUAUCAGAAUGGAGACCCACUGGGGCGGAGGGAACUUGGCAAGUGCGUGGUCAAGUGGAUGUGCCAGGGCAUGAAGGCCAUGGCCUAUGAUUUCGCAGACGCUGAAUUGCAGGGGGAGGGGGAGUUCUCUGAGCUCAUCAGGCGAAGGAUGGGACCAGGUCUCACUUUUGUCAUCCAGGCUCAGCCUUACUUCACUGCCGUCCCCAUGCCCCUUGGCCUAGAGGCCGUCUGCUUGAAGGCCUGCACCCAUUAUCCCACCCUUUUCGAUCACUUCCAGAGGGAGUUGAGAGACGUCCUCCAGGACCUCCAGCGCAAAUCCUUGGUCCAAGAUUGGCGAAACACCCAUUCUUGGAAGCUACUCAAGGAUCUAGCCAAUUCAGCUCAGCAUAGAGCGAUUGCGCGCAAGGUUUCCCAGCCAAAGACCAUUCACGCUGGUUUAGGGAUGGAUCUCAACAAGGCCAAGGCUCUCCAGGCCAGAAUUGAUGAUUAUACAAAGCGGAUGUCCGAUUUGCUUCGUAUAGAAAGGGAUGCUGAAUUGGAGUUUACGCAGGAGGAGCUCAAUGCUGUUCCCACACCUAACGAGAGUUCUGAUUCACUUAAACCUACUGAAUUCUUAGUUAGCCAUUGCCAGGUUGAGCAAGAACUCUGUGAUACCAUUUGCAAUCUGAAUGCAGUUAGCACAUCUACAGGAUUAGGUGGAAUGCAUUUGGUAUUGUUUAGGGUGGAGGGAAAUCACCGGUUACCGCCUACUACCCUUUCUCCUGGAGACAUGGUUUGCGUGAGAACAUGUGACAGUAGGGGUGCUGGUGCAACUUCAUGUAUGCAAGGGUUCGUUAACAACCUAGGGGAGGAUGGAUGUAGCAUCAUUUUAGCUCUUGAAUCUCGUCAUGGUGAUUCCACCUUUUCUAAACUCUUUGGCAAGAGCAUCCGCAUUGAUCGCAUUCACGGACUGGCUGAUGCAUUGACAUAUGAGCGAAAUUGUGAAGCCCUGAUGAUGCUUCAGAAGAAAGGCUUACGGAAGAAAAAUCCUUCAAUUACUGUUGCGGCUACACUUUUUGGAGACAAAGAAGAUGUUGUGUGGCUGGAAGAGAAUCAUUUGGUUGAUUGGGCUGAAGCAGAAUUGAAUGGCUUGUUAGACACCAACACUUAUGAUGAUUCGCAGAGAGGAGCAAUUGCAUUAGGUUUGAACAAGAAGCGGCCCAUAUUGAUUAUACAAGGCCCUCCUGGUACUGGAAAAUCAGGUUUGCUUAAGGAAUUGAUCUUACUUGCUGCUAAACAAGGAGAAAGGGUCCUUGUAACAGCACCUACAAAUGCUGCUGUGGACAACAUGGUUGAAAAGCUUUCUAAUACUGGCGUAGACAUUGUGCGGGUUGGCAAUCCAGCACGAAUAUUGCCUGCAGUAGCUUCAAAAUCCUUAGUUGAAAUUGUGAACACUAGGCUUGCUAAUUUUCGAGUUGAGUUUGAGAGGAAAAAGUCAGAUCUAAGAAAGGACCUGAGACAUUGUUUAAAGGAUGAUUCUCUAGCCGCUGGAAUACGUCAGCUUCUAAAACAGCUUGGAAAAUCAUUGAAGAAGAAGGAGAAGGAGACUGUGAAGGAAAUAUUAUCAAGUUCCCAAGUUGUGCUUGCCACCAACACUGGAGCAGCUGAUCCACUAAUCCGACGGCUGGAAAACUUUGAUCUGGUUGUUAUAGAUGAGGCAGGACAAGCCAUCGAACCUUCUUGCUGGAUUCCAAUAUUGCAGGGAAAGCGCUGUAUUCUUGCAGGUGACCAAUGCCAACUUGCUCCAGUAAUUUUAUCUAGAAAAGCCUCAGAAGGUGGUCUCGGAACAUCUCUUCUAGAAAGAGCAGCAGCUUUGCAUGAAGGGGUUCUUGCCACCAAGUUAACAAUGCAAUACCGGAUGAAUGAUGCAAUAGCCAGCUGGGCGUCAAAGGAAAUGUAUGGUGGAUCAUUGAAGUCCUCUCCAACUGUCUUUUCGCAUCUUCUUGUAGAUUCUCCAUUUGUCAAGCCCACAUGGUCAACACAGUGCCCAUUAUUAUUACUUGAUACAAGAAUGCCAUAUGGAUCUUUGUCAGUUGGCUGUGAGGAGUAUUUGGACCCGGCUGGCACAGGCUCCUUUUACAAUGAAGGGGAAGCAGAUAUUGUUGUGCUACAUGUCUUUUCUCUGGUUUAUGCUGGUGUUAGCCCAACAGCCAUCGCAGUGCAAUCUCCCUAUGUUGCUCAGGUGCAACUCUUGAGGGACAGAUUUGAUGAGCUUCCGGAGGCCAGAGGUGUUGAGGUUGCAACUAUUGAUAGCUUUCAGGGCCGGGAAGCUGAUGCAGUGAUCAUAUCAAUGGUCCGAUCAAAUACUAUGGGUGCUGUUGGAUUCUUGGGUGACAGUCGGAGAAUGAAUGUUGCCAUAACAAGAGCGCGCAAACAUGUAGCGGUGGUGUGUGAUAGCUCAACAAUAUGCCACAACACAUUCCUGGCCAGGCUGUUGCGUCAUAUCAGACAUUUUGGUAGGGUGAAGCAUGCUGAGCCUGGUACUUUUGGUGAAUCUGGCCUUGGCAUGAAUCCGAUGUUGCCAUUCAUUAGUUAGUAUUGCAGCAAUCGAUCAAAUACAUAAUUCUUCAAUUUAUUUAACUGAGGAGAAUUGUAAUAUAGUAUCUGCCUCCAAAUCAGCACAUGUACAGCGGACCUUUCUAUUGAUUUAUUAACAAAAAGAAUAUGGAAGUAAUUGUAUACCUUCCUAUUUCUUAAAUCUUGUAAAGAAACAACACACGCUAAAGAUAACAUGCUUUGAAUGAAAACACAGGUUCCUAUUUAA